UGAGUCCCUUCAUUGGUUUGCAGUCAGGCAUGCUAAUCCGAUACUAAUUUCCCAAUCACACCAAUGUAUAAUUAAUGAAUUGGUCAUUUCUGUCAACACUAUGAGGUACUCUUGUUCUGGAAACAUCAUUUGCUGUACAAUAUGACCAGACAAUUAGACAUUUUUUUCCUCAACUAGCCGCAUUUGGACAAGACAUAAUUAUAAAAUAUAAUUUUAUUUUAUUGACUUGUCCCCAUGUAGUGGGACACGGCAGUAACUCCCUACCCGCAUUUUAAAUUCAACCCUAUAGCUGUUCAUAUUACUUCAGUUCUAUGGUGUUUUAUUUGAGGUUUUGUUGCACAAUAUUCUCAUAGGUUUGGCAUUUUAUGUCAUGAUUAUGACCUUAUAAACUCAGGUUUUUGUGUCAUGAUUUAGUGUGUCAUACUGUACAUGUAAUACUAUAAAUAUACAUACAUACAAUACAUAAAAACAUAUGCCAUGAGAGAAGUAGAGCAAAAAUGUACAUGGUGUCUUUGUAUGCAAUUUUACCCCAAACCCAGUUGUUCAGGACAUAGAGAAGGUCACAUGUGUUAGACAGUCUCUUCUUCAAACACAGAGAAGGAUUUGUCUGUCCACACUUUACCCUCCUCCCCCUGCAGCCGCUCCCUCCCGUCUGUCCCUCAGGAUUACACUCUUCGGUGUCCUGCGCCCUCUGGACUCCCAGGACUCACUUUAAUUUGUGAGAGGUACAGUGAGGACCAUGGGUCUGCUCAGCAUCUUUUCCUCCAUCAAGGCCAGAGCAGAAAAGUUCCUGAAUGAGAAAAAUGUGGUGACAGAUUUUCUGGGAACGUUGGAGGAGAAGACGGGGGUAAAGAAGAAGAUCAUAGCAGCAGGUGCUGUCACACUGACUGGACUCUACCUGGUGUAUGGAUAUGGUGCCUCACUCAUCUGCAACCUGAUUGGUUUUGUCUAUCCAGCUUACUACUCAAUCAAAGCGAUCGAAAGUCCGAGCAAAGAAGACGACACAAAAUGGUUGACCUACUGGGUGGUGUACGGCGUCUUCAGUGUAGGGGAGUUCUUCUCAGACAUUUUCCUCUACUGGUUUCCUUUUUACUAUGCUUUUAAGUGUCUCUUCCUGCUCUGGUGCAUGGCUCCGUUGUCGUGGAAUGGCUCCCAACUCCUCUACAACAAAGUUGUUCGCCCCAUCUUUCUUCAGCAUGAGGCCACAGUGGACAACAUGGUGAGCGACCUGAGCGGUAAGGCCAUGGACGCUGCUGAGAACCUGACCAGAGAAGUUUUGUCCACACUGGUGAAGAAUAAGUCUCUGGUGAGUCCAGCACCUGAGUCUGAGCCUAAAAGUUUACCCAGCACAUCUACUGAAACUAAAGGAGUGUCUACACAAAAGAGUGAAGAUCCAGGGGUACGUGUCGGUUUUCUCUGCCUGAAGAUGUCAUUUAAGAACAUACAGUACUGCACACAUAAAUAUAUAUACAUGUCCACACACUAAAAUUAUAUUUGUACUCAUAAAUAUGGCUAAUAAACAUUUCCUGAACACAAGUCUUGAUGGAUGCUCAUCCAGAUGUGCUCUGACCCUUUCAGCUUUUCCUGGGUUGACCAGCACAAGGUAAGUCACUUGGUUCACUGUUAGCUCCAUAGUUCACUUAUAAGAAAGAGACAGAGUUGAACAAAGAACUCAUGUUUGUUAUUGUUUAAAAUAUAAUCAUAAAUGAAAACCAGGCUUUAUUACACAGUUAUAAAAGUGGUUUAAAAACGAUUUUUUUCCAACAUUAGGAGCAUUCCAGCGAUAUACUGUAUGUCGACAAUUCUUAGAAAAGAGAUUAUAAUAAACACUGUCAACUAUAAAAGAAAUUUACUGUCAAAUAUGUCAGUACUGUACAUAGAGCACAGUGCAGCAAUAGUGUCACUUACUAUACAAUGCAAAAAGAAAACAAGUAGGCACUAUUUUAAUCAAACUUAAAGUCAAGAGAAAAAAACCCCCAUUACAAAUAAGCCUUUAAACCUGACCUGCAUAGGAGUGUUGCAUAUUAGACAAGUGACUAACGUAGUGUAAAAACAGGAUUAAACCAGCUCUGCUGUGAUCCUACUGUACUGCCGUUGUGUUAAGACAUAAUGUACAACAGUACAUCAGUUGUUUAUUACUUCACAUUUAAUUUCCCAGGAGACAGAAGAAGGAAAGGAAGAAGGAUAGAAGGAGGUCAAGGAAGUGGAGGAGAGACAUUUAUCUUCCCAACCAGCACAAGAAAUAUCGCACUGCACAAAAUCAGUUUGAUAUACUGUAUUCGCAUCAACGUUUCACUUCUAUCAUUUUUUUUCAAGCUGCUGCAAUGAUGAGUAUAUACACUCUGUGCAUACUGUCUAUUUUUGUGUUGGUGUAUAAAUACUGUUACAUUUAUACUAGGACAGACUGUAGUAAUUAAAAAUCACAGCACAGCCAAAUCAAUCAUUAUUAUUGAUAAUAAGUUAUCAGAAUAAAGGACAAUACUGACAAAAACGUUGUGCAGUCCCAAUCACAUCCAGUUAUAGUUAUCCUUCAAGUAUUAAAACAUAACGAGUGCUUUGAUUUUAAUUGAUUUUUCUUUCUAUCGGUUCAUUUUUAAACAGCCUUAAGCUACGUUCUUUUAAAUGUGCUUUGUAAAUAUUGUUGGGUUACAAUGUGUCAGAAAGGAAAUUAAUUUGGAUUAAAGAAACUGUUAAUAAAUGUGUCUAUUUUACAAAGUGAUGUACAUGUUUUAGAUAUUGUAGUCUGUGGCAGAAAGUACCAAAGAUCCCUCAGCUCCCGGGCGCUACUGACAAACCCCACAGUGCUGAGGACAAGGUCCAUUACGCGCAAAUGUGACUGUGUACGUAAUAAUAAUAAUAAUAAUACGGAGGUUAUUUUACAUAAUGUAUUAUUAUUAUUUAGAUUCUUCUCCUACAUGAAGUCUAAUACAUGUACAUUGUGAAUAAAGCAAAUGAUUUGUGAGAGAUAAAAGUGGAUGACGAGAGAAACUCUGGAAAUCAAGUGUAAGGACAAUUAUUUCUGACCAAGCGCUCUAGUCUAGACGAUAAGAAAAAUGUGACC